AUGGCAGAUUUUGACGAGUCCAUCUCAGACCAAGAAAAGGUAUGGAAAUGAACAUACUUCCAUCGUAAAAGUUAUUCAUCGUUGAAGUAUCGCAAUUGACGAAUCGAUGUGGUUCCACCAAUUAGGUGCGGAUAGCUUCUGACUUCAUCAAACACGCCCCACCAGGAGAAUUCAACGAAGUCUUCAACGGUAGGCAUGAUUUGCAAAGAAGUGUUUUGAGUUUUAAUUUAUUCUACUUUCAGAUGAGGACUGUUUUUUUAUUGUAGAUGUUCGCAUUUUGUUGAACAACGACAGUCUGUUGAAGGAGAAAGCUUCAAGGUUGGUGUGUGUGAUGUUCAACGGUUAACUUAAACAAGUUUUUCUUAUUUUUAUAAAUUCUAGCUUAACGUCAUAAUACUCGAUCACUUAUUUGCAUUUCAUACAAAAAGUUUAGGGACUUUCGCAUCUUACCUGAAUAAUUUUUAACACAGUUAUAAAUGUGAAAGAAUUGUCCAAGUAUUACCCGAUUAUCUUCCUUCACGCCUUUUCUGGUAGACAGUGCAUGUUGUUUAGAAAUUAAAACUGAAAUGAAUUGCUCGUGAUGUACUGAUAAACUAAAAACUUUUAAGGAAAAACAGGUGUAAAACAUGGAUCCUUUGUAGGGCCUCAGUAGUCAUGUACUUGAUUUAGGUUUUGCAAAACAUGUCGUUGCUCUUAAUUGCUUCUCAAAGUCCUUGUAAAAACGUAUCGUAGCUUGGCACUGAGGAAGUUCCAAUGUGAAGAUGUUACCAUCUUAUGUUACUUCACAUAAUAUCUGUACAUGUAUGUUGGUCGCAACUAGAUGUUUAGACCAUACAAAUGAAAAGAAUGAGUACUACAUCAGCACAGUUGUAGAACACGAGCAAAAGAAGCUCGUGAGUUCCUGAUUGUUUUCAACUCCUUAUGCAGGGCCUAUUGCAGGGUUAAGUAGAAAAUUAAAAAGUUUGUGAGAUUUUAAUAUGUAAGAUUUUUGGGGUUAGAACAUUUACUGUGUGGGAAUUGUCCAAUUUUUCUGUGACAUGUUUUAAUUGCAUUUGUAGUACUUUGCUGUGCUUUUUGUUUCCCAUAUGUUAAUUGUACCUUUGCUUGUUUCUGUAGAUUCAGUAGGGAUUAUGAUUAGUAGUAUAUUUGUAUUAAGCAAUUGCAAUAAAUGAAAAUAUAAUUUUCUUUUCUUCGGUUGCUGGUUUUGUCAACAGCUCUUUUUCAGCCUAUAAUAAGGAACAGUUCACACCAGUGAAACUUGAAGGUGCAAAUGAACAGGUGAGUACAUAACUCACUGGAAAUUUUUGUUACCCCUGAAUCUCAAGGUUUUAUCCAAGCUUUCUUUGUAACUAUUUUGUUAGGCCCUGUGUUGUUUUUGUGUUCAUAACAACAGAAUUGAAAAAAAAAAGUUUCUCUUUGACAUAUUUUAGGUUUUAUAUAUCAACAUUUACUUGAUUUAGGAAAUUUGUGCUUUUAUGCUCAUUUUUCCAAGGAAUUUAGAGUUGAUUAUCAAUGUUAAUACACAUGGUAUGUUUUCUUCCAACACUGCCUUUCCUUUUAAUCUUAGCACUUUUCUCUGCCUUUAAAAUCAACUCUUUAAUACUUAAAAUUUCUUUUAUUAUGAUAGUAUGUAAAAGAAAUGAUUUUCCAAGUAUGUACAAUACCAGAGUUGUUGAUAUCAGUAAUAUCCUAAAGGUAUUGGUGACCAGACAUGGUGAACUAUCUGAUGGAAGGUUUUAUGAUCCUCGAAGUAAACAAAGCUUCCAGUAUGACCACUUGCGUAAGGUAAGAGCUAUGUCAUUUUUUUGCAGUUGUGUAUUUCCUUCAUCAUUAUUUCUCUUUCUACAGACCACAGUCUUUGUAUUUUGACAAACUGUAUUUGUCAGAAUUUGUUACAUUGCCAUGGUUAACCAGCCAUGGAGAAUGUUCCAUCUGCAUGGAUGGGAUACUCACCUCCACCUAAGCACUUUGUUAAUUUACUUGUAUAACAGACAGAUGGUGUCAGUUGAUUUUGUGGGAGUUGAAGUUGUCAAUAAGUUUGAAAGUAGAAGGCAAAUAAGAAGUAUUGAACAGUCAGGUUAUUGUUGGCACAAUGUUGUUUGGUUUAGAUAACAUGUAAGAAUGGGAACUAUUAAGUCAAAGUGCCAAGGGGCUUUGACAAAGUUUGAAGAAACCUAUGAGCAAAUCCUUAAUUUUGAAUUUAUUCAUAUAUUCAAACCUGUUGCUGAUAAAUCUUGCAUUCAAUCCCAUUAGAAUCUGGGAAAUAGCUGUUGAACAAAUAUAUCCUAUAAGUAUUUCAAUGGUUACAUUAUUGUUCAUGAGCAAUUAUGUCAAAAUGAGGUGAAAGUGGCUGGCUUGAGAUGGUAGACUAGUUAGUGGUUUGGUUAGCUACAAGCCAGAAAUGUUUAACCUUUUUUAUUUCAACAAAAAUCAUUAUGUAAAUCUCCACUUCUGAACAUUUUUACACCCAUAGUCAAAAAGAGCUCAACAUACCGGGAUGUUCUUAUUUACUGGAAUGAAAACUUGGCAACCUCUGAUAUCCUGUAAGCUACUGGAUCUCCUAACUGAACUAGAUGGACCUUUAAUUGUCUGAAAAAUACAUAGGUUUAUUGUUUUGUGUUUGAUUUAACAGGAAGCAAGUAAUCCUAGUGCACACAGUGCUAAUCCAACAGCUGAAGCAUGGAGGGCAGCUGUUGAAGAGAGUGUGACAAGUUAUGUCAGAGAGCAUUACCCUCAUGGAGUCUGUACAGUACGUCAACUUUUUCCUUUUCUUUUGUUAGGUACAGAGUAGUGAAAACUGGCAGAAAGACAGCUCUCAUGGCACAGCCAUGAUUGAAAACAUUACUGGCCAAGAGUGAUUGAAUUGUGCAUUUGGCUGGAUUUAUCAGUUUUUGGCUGCAUCUAUGGUGCACAAUCAAGUCAGGAUUGGAAAAAGUUCAUAUAAAUAAGCAUUAGUGAAUGUGCAGAAAUUCUAAUUUUCUAGAGUGUUCCGCCCUUCUCAUGGCUUCUGUAUUCAUGAGUUUAGCUCCCUCUUGUAUUGCAUGUUCACACUAUUUGAUGAUUAAAAAUUACAAAAUAUUGUGGGAAAUACUAAAUUUGUUUUCUCCACUUUCCAUUUGUAGAGUCUUUUGCAAAACUCAAACUUCAAUCAGUUCAAGACUUCAUCCCUCUUACAUUUUAGAAAAUCCAGGCCUGAGGACUAAAUUUCAAUAAACUUUCAAUGUAUUUGCUGACUGUUCGCCAAUAUAUGUUUCUUAAGGAAUUGCAUCCUCUUGUUGAAGGUGAAAGUGUUUGAGUUAUAUUUAUGUUACAUUUGAAGGUCUAUGGAACUAUGUCUGGUGGAUCAAUCAAGUUGAUUGUUUGUAUAGAGGAUCACCAGUUUCAACCACAAAACUUUUGGUAAGAACAGCUGUCAAUGAGAUAUCAAUUUUAAUUUGCAAUUUUUUGUACCCAUAUCUACCUCAUACAUAGAUGAUAGUGAUAAAUACAGUAUAGAUGGAAACUGGCUCUCACUCUGCCUUACCUGAGGUAGGGGAGAGGUGUAAAUGUUUUUCCAUCUUCUGGGAGUUUCUUUUGUUUUGCACUUCAGUUUAUCAUUAGGAACCAACAAACAAGGUUGUUGUUCUCUGUGGUACUUUUUUGGUACCCUUUUCCACUCAAUUGUGCUCCAAGGCUGGUGCAAUAACUUGCUCCCUUUCUUUUUCAACAGGAAUGGUAGGUGGCGUUCAGAGUGGUCUGUGUCAUUCCAGCCAUCAGGUGGAAGCGUGGAAGUCACUGGUGUCCUCAAAGUGCAGGUAAAAGAAACAGAUACUACAUUGUAGCCACAAACAAUAGUUUUUGAUGGGUAUAUAAGUGUCCUUCUUUCAUAUGAACUGAAAUUUGUAAAAUUAUAAUAACUUCUCCUAAACUUGAUUUUCAAUAUAUUGCUAGUAUAUUGCCCAUCACAGUUUGCUUUCACUUUUUUUUAUCUCUCAGUCUUUCCCUAACUCAUCAUUUAUCUCCAAACAUUUUAUUUUGCGUUAACCCAUGGAGUAUCUACUAUAAUUUUUAGCUAUAAUUUUAGAGCUGUUUUUUCCCCCAAGGAUUUUUGUCAUGAGAUAUGUGGGCAAAAUACUCUAGGUCCUUAUUUAAACACAAAUAGGAAGCAUAUGAAGUGAAAUGUUCAAGAUAUACUCUUAAUUUAUGAGUGGAGGGUUUUUAGGAACAAUUGGAUGUCAGUAGAUUUACAUGUGAUGGUGUAGGAAAUUUAGGGACUCAAAUAAUUCUACCCCAGGCCAAGGUGAUGAAAUUUAGGCAAGCAAGGUCUUAUAAACAAUAAAUAAACAAACUAAGUUGACCUCUUGCUGUGUAAUGCUUAGUUGUUGGUCUGACAUCAGUCUGUGGUUUACUUGUUUUGUUUGUUUGUUUGUUUGUUUUUUUAAAUUUCUUACUUUGAUGUGAUAAUUUCCUGUUUGGAAACUUAUAGGUUCAUUACUAUGAAGAUGGCAAUGUUCAGCUUGUGUCAUCCAAAGAAGUGAAGGAAAAUCUUAAAGUAACAGUAAGUGAAGAACAGCCCAUGUAGUGUUCUCUGUAAAUUUGUUAGAUGAAAUUGUGUUAAAUGAGCAUGAGUUGUAGGGCCUCUUACAGUAAGUAGACUACUCAAAAGUAAUUUGACAAUCCCUUGAAAUUUGAUCCUCGAUCCUCGAUUCUGGAAAGUAAUGAGGAACAAGUUUUGAGGAUAGAGUUUUGAGUGGAGACUGUUAACUUACUUUUGAGGGGUGCAGUAUGUCCACUGGAGUGUGCAAGGCAUUACACUGUACUGCAUGCUUUCUAAAAGUUGAAUUUUUAGACUCAAUCAACAAUAUUUAUAAUAUAGCUUGUAAAUUUGUGUAAUCAAAUUCAAUUGCACGAGCAUGCUUCAUGUUCCUAUUGUGCAUGCUUAUGAUGUUAGCAAACAAAUCCCUCGAGAAAAAUAAAUUUUCCAGCAGGUUGAAAAUGUUAUAAAACAAUUGGUUCAUAUGUCAGCUGUGCAUUCAUCAAGGUAUGAAGUACUUGGGAAGUUUGGAGAGCACUCAAGAAGCUAGAGUUGCUCAAGGCAUAGUUGAGAGCAAUUCUUAUGCAUCUUUCGUGCUUUCCAAACUUCCCGCAUGCUUCAUAUCUCAAUGAACACACACUGAUGUAUGAACCAGUUGUUAAUUUAGACAUGAAAUUAGAAGUCUGAAGUACAAAAAAUAUUUCCAAAGUUUGACUUUGUGAAAGUAGGGGAAAGCAGUCAAUCAAGAGAAAGAGGCAACUUUCCAAAUGCAACCUACCUCCAUUCAACUGAUGAUGCAAGUCAGUUUUACCUUCAUGUCAUCAGCUGCAAUACUUACCUAUCAUUCAUUAGUUUAUCUGUUUUCAAAUGUUUUCUUUUUCAGAUGUAGACAUUGACACCACUCUUUUAAAUUUGCAGAGUGAAGCUGGGACAGCAAAGCAUUUUUUACAGAUAAUAGACACUGCAGAAAGUGACUACCAGGUAUCUAACUCAUCUACAGUAACUUGUCAGUUGGCAUGUUAGGGAAAGUGUGUUUUGAUGCAAAACAAUAACCAAUAUCCUGUAGUUCCAUAUUGUUUUUUUGUAUUGUUUAUUUGAUUAUAUUAAAAGUGGGAAUGCUUUUACUUUGCCUUUUGCAGAAAGCGCUCUCAGAAAACUACACUACCAUGUCACAGACUACUUUUAAGGCUUUACGAAGGCAGCUUCCCAUUACACGAACCAAAGUUGACUGGAACAAGAUUCUUGGUUAUAAGAUUGGACAGGAACUAAAAAGUUCUUAA